GUAAAGUGCAUCUUAUCAUGGAACUCUUCUUUGGAAAGUGAUGAGCUUGCCCACAAAGUGAAAACACAGUGAAAUAAAUAGUUUGGGUUUUUUAUCUAUUGUAAUGCUGCCUUUCUCGAACAGGCACUGCGUCAAGGCUCUUUUUUCCCGGUAAAUGUGAAAUUCAGCCCCUCCUUGGUGAACUGGGCCCAGGCCCCGGGGGAGUAUUGGGUGUCCACGCUUCUUCUUCCCUCCUCCCUUUCCUUAUCUCAUUCUUCUUGCUUUCUAACUUGCUUCAUGGGGUGGAGGGAUCUGCCCCACCAGACAUCCAAGGGCAAAGCGUCAGUUCGCAGUCGUAGUGAGGAGUGACGGCACUCUGAAGUUCACUUUUACCUGCUUUUGGUGUCAUCAGUGUCUGUUUUUGGACUUUGGGAUUUUUCAUAUUUGUUCAGAUUUUAACACACUAAACUAGUUCAUCUAUCCAUAAUGCCGGUCCGGAUCAUGUGCACCAUCUCCUUUUCUGGGGAUGACGAAGGUUAUGGUAAAGACAGUUUUGAUGAUCACUACAAACGCGUUAAUCGGGGUUACGGAGACUCGCAGGAGUAUCUGGACGGUUGUAGUCAUACAGACGACUACGAGGAAGAGGAAGAAAGCCCGGGUGAGGUGGACGACUUGGCAACGUUUUUCAGUGGCUGCUCGCUCCACGGGGCCAACCACGUGUUUGUGGAGAACAAGAAGUUCGGAAUUCGGCAGAGCUUGUGGGCGGUGGUCUUCACCAUGGCAUUGUCCGCCUUCUUGUUCCAGGUUGCCGAUCGGGUCAUCUACUACCUCCAGUAUGACCACAUUACCAUGCUGGACGAGAAGGUAGCCCAAAACAUGACCUUCCCGGCCGUCACCAUUUGCAACUAUAACUUUGUGCGCAAGUCACAAUUAAGCUACAGCGAUCUUAUAUUCAUGGGCCCUCUACUGGGCUUCGAUGAAGGCAUGGCGCCAGGGUUCCCGUUGGCCCCGGAGCCCGACCGCCCGCCUGGCUCUGUUUUUAGUGUAGAUGAGAUUUACAACCGUACACGACACCGCAUUGAAGAUAUUCUGCUGGAGUGCAACUUCAGAGGCUUGGAAUGUGGUCCUGAGAACUUUCGGGAGGUAGGUCUUACUCUCAGAUUUUCUCAGUCUCAGUCAGACGGUUGUUCUCUGGUUUGGGAUUUAACUGCACUUCAGGUAGUCUUCAGUUUAUUAUAAUUAGGGCUGUCGAACGAUUAAAAUUUUUUUAUCGAGUUAAUCACAGCUUAAAAAUGUAUUAAUCGCAAUUAAUUGCAAUUCAAACCAUCUCUAAAA